AUGGUCUUCUACCUCUUAUACAAGCACAUCAAAAAGACACGCGCCGCAAAGCGCCAAUCCGAGCACAUCCCCCUCCAAACACAGUCCAGCCAAGAUGGCGAAACCCUUACCUCCAGCCACGGCGCACCCACCCUCCCCGACAAGCGCCCGUCACCUGAAGCCGAAGCAGAGCGCAAACGACUCCGCAUCUACAGACUCAAACUCGUUACCGCCCUCUUCAUGCCGUACCUCCUCGCAACAAUCGACCUCACAAUCGUCGCAACCGCCGUGCCAUUCAUCGCCUCGCAUUUCGACGAACUCAACCAACAAUCCUGGAUCGUAACCUCCUUCACCCUAACCUCCACCGCCCUAAUCCCGACCUUCGGACAGCUCUCCGACGUCUUCGGCCGCCACGCAAGCCUCCAGCUCGCGACCUUCAUGAUGCUGCUCGGCAGCGUGCUGGGCGCCGCCGCGCAGAGCUGGGGCAUGCUCCUGCUCGCGCGCGCGCUGCAGGGCGUGGGCUCGGCGGGCCUGAUGAGCACGAUUAAUGUGGUCCUUGCGGAUGGGGUGAGCUUAAAGGAGAACGCGAAGAAUAAUUCGAUUUUCGCGCUGGUUUCUGGCGUUGCGUAUAGUGUGGGCCCGGUGGUAGGGGGGUAUCUUACGGAUGUGUGUACUUCCUCCCAGCACUUCCGAUGGAUUGCGAACUGGCGGUAUUGCUUUGUGAUAUCGAUUCCGAUUGCCUUUGUUUCACAUAUAGUCAUCUAUCUCGUUCUCCGCCACGACCUGAAACAAGGCACGCAUUUCCAUCGCGGCGCACGGCUCGCCUCGUUCCUGCCUGCCCUGUCAACUCUUGACAUCAUCGGCACACUCCUCUUCAUCUUCGGCGUUGGUCUCAUAAUCCUCGGGACAGCAUGGGGCGGCUCAACGUACCCGUGGGUUUCAGGCCAGGUCCUCGCCCCGCUGAUUGUGGGUGGUGUAUGCUUCGUCAUCUUCUUCGGCUACGAGUACGCUCUCGAGAACGGGGUGUUCGCGCGACUCUUUCCAACCCAGAAGCCCAUGAUCCCGUAUAGCCUGUUCAGACGGCUCGACACGCUCUGGCUUGUGGCCAUCCAGUUUGCGGCGGGCGCAGCGAUGUACUCGGUCUUUUAUUAUGUGGGCAUAUACUUCACCGUUGUGGAGGGGUACAGCGCAUCCAAAGCCGGUGUGCAAUUGCUGUACUAUAUCCCAGGCCUUGGAGCGGGCGUCUACCUAGCAGUCUUCCUGUGCAACAAAUAUCCAGCCCAAACCUUCCCGCCUCUCCUCUUCGGCACGGUAGCCGAAACACUCGGUCUAGGCCUGAUUAUCCACGCAAUCCGCGCGCAAAACACCACCGUGCUCAACGGGAUGAUGGUGCUCGCGGGCGCGGGGACAGGAAUCCGUCUCAUGCCGGCGAACCUCCACGCAGUCGGCGUCUGGCCCGACAGAAUCGCGGCUGCACUCUCCCUCCUGCGCUUUGCGCUGCCGUUUGGGGGAACGCUCGGGAUUACGAUUAUGGGCAGUGUGUUUAAUAAUAAGUUUGCGGGGGGCGUUGAGGGUAUUUCUGGGGUGAGUGGGAAUGGGAAUGGGACUGUCGAUGCGCAGGACCUUGCGCAUGGCGGGACGAGUAGUCUUUCCUUUAUUGAUGACUUGCCUGCUGCUGUUCAGGGGCAGGUUAGAGCCGCGGGGCGAGACGCGAUCAUGUGGGCUUAUGUUGCGAUUCUGCCGAUUCUGGGACUUAGUGUGAUUACGGGGCUUCUUCUGGGGAAUGUUUGGAUUGGGAGGAAGGGGAAGAACGAUGCAGGUGAAGUUGAGGAAGGGGACUCAUCGUUGGACUCGAAUGCUGGACCUGGCGAGAGCGAGGUUGUCUAUGUUCCGUAUCUUUAUGCGGUUUUCAAGGGCGUGAACAAGUAUAAACGUAUCAGCCGGCCUGUGCUCGAGUCCGAGCCUUCACCCACUGGAAUCUUUGACGGGCAAACAUCCUAG